CAUUAUUAACACCUCUGCAUAUUUCGUCUCCGAUCAAACCUAAAAUUCCAAAUCCAACUACGAAACCCUAAAUCUUCACUACAAUCUCACUGCUAAUGGCGAGAUACGACAGAGCUAUCACGGUGUUCUCGCCGGACGGUCACCUCUUCCAAGUUGAAUACGCAUUGGAAGCCGUACGCAAAGGUAACGCCGCCGUCGGUGUUCGCGGCACCGAUACCAUCGUUCUCGGUGUCGAGAAGAAGUCCACCGUUAAACUUCAGGACUCCAGAUCAGUUAGGAAAAUUGUAAGUUUGGAUGAUCACAUUGCAUUGGCAUGUGCUGGACUUAAAGCUGAUGCGCGUGUUCUUAUCAACCGGGCACGAAUUGAGUGCCAGAGCCAUAGGCUUACUGUUGAGGAUCCAGUAACUGUAGAGUAUAUCACGCGUUACAUUGCAGGUCUUCAACAGAAAUACACACAAAGUGGUGGUGUCAGGCCAUUUGGACUUUCAACCCUAAUUGUAGGAUUUGAUCCUUAUACUGGUGUCCCAUCGUUAUAUCAGACAGAUCCUUCCGGAACGUUCUCUGCUUGGAAAGCUAAUGCUACUGGUAGGAACUCUAAUUCCAUGAGGGAGUUUCUGGAAAAGAAUUACAAAGAGACUUCUGGUCAAGAAACUAUAAAACUUGCCAUCCGUGCUCUGCUUGAAGUUGUUGAGAGUGGAGGGAAGAACAUAGAAGUUGCUGUGAUGACAAAGGAAGGACUGAGGCAACUUGAUGAAGCUGAAAUCGAUGCCAUUGUUGCAGAGAUUGAAGCAGAGAAAGCAGCUGCCGAGGCUGCAAAGAAGGCUCCUGCAGCUAAGGAAACAUGAUGUGUCAGAUUGACCCCUUUUCUCACAUGGUUUUAUUGUUGUUUUUUUUUUCCAUUUUGACCUUUGCAGUACAUGUAUUAUUGGCUUGUUCGCUUACCAAUCGUAUGGUAGUUUUAUGAACUCGUUUUAAGUAAUCUAUGCUUUUGAUCGAAUCUAUCACCCUUUCAGACAGACUGUUCUGGUUUGUGGAUUAGAUGAAACUACUGUGGUGAAGACCAGCAAGACGGUUUUGAUGGCAUUAAUUAUGUGAUUCAAAUA